AUGGUCCUGGCAAAGAGUUUCAGUUCUGUUCUGGUGCGCACAGUUUACGUGGGCCAUCGGACUGGUCGUGUUGCGCUGCUGUCUCGACUCAGUUGCGAACGCGUUGGCACGCGGUUCAAUGUGCGUGGCGCAAACUCGCUUGGAUAUGUCGCCAAUUUCGUGGAGACCGAGCAGGUUCUUGUGUUCGACGAAGGCGAGUGUUCUUUGGUGCAGGUUCGAGGCUCAGUGCCAUUGUUCUGGGAACAACCUGGUGUUCAAGUCGGUUCCCACAAGGUGAAAUUGAGAGCGUUCGAGGCAAGCGGUACAGCCUACCAUAGACAUAUGUCUCGACUGGAGUCGAUGUAUGGGAAGGUUACGGUCGUGAACCUCCUUGGCAGGAAAGAAGGAGAAAGAGUUCUUGCUGAUGCGUUCCGUACGCAACACAAAAGCUCGAAGUUGGCCAAUUCGAUCGAAUUCAUUGAUUUUGACUAUCACUACCAAAUGAAAAUAUCAAAGGAUUCUCUCAAUCAUCUCGUCAGAAAACUUGCCCCUAUCGUUGUACGAGAUCAAGUAGCUGCAUUGGAACUGGAAAAAGGAAAGGCGUAUAUUGGUCAGCGUAUUGAAGAGAUUCUACGUGAUUUAUGGCAGAAGAAUGGCGAUUUGUGCAGCAAUAUUCUAUGCGGGAACGGGAGCGCUCGAUGGCAAGAGCAAGUUGAAAGACGCAUCUCGCUCCAUAGCUCGUACAAUACAAAACAAUUUGAUGGACAGUUCGAAGCAAGAAUCGUUCGACAUUUUCCUCUCUGGGGCGUUUUUUGA